AUUGCGCCGGAUGUAUCAUAUCAGAUCAGCGGAGUGUGGGGUAGCCAAGGUCACCAUCACCGGUCUUCAACCAAAACGCCCAACUCUGCUCAAUCUUUCUUCUCGACUCUCCUUCCAAACUUUUUCGUGCUUCUGCCAAAUUAAUUAGUUCCACAUGGGAUCUGCCUAUGAAGAAGAUCAUGUCCUGCACUGGUCAUUCCGCGGCACACAUAUCCUUCUUCCCGGCCUCCGCCUUAGUUCUUUCGGAUCCUUCACCGCUGCUUCGCUCUUCGUCAUCGCUAUAUGUUUCUCCGAACGAUUUCUCUCUUUCAUAUCUGAACAAGAAUGGCGACCGCCUUUCGUCGCUCGCUCUCGAUGGCAGAAUGCAUUCUGGAAGACGGCGUUGUAUUGGGUGAUAACGCUGCUUAGAUUACUGUACAUGUUAUGUGCCAUGUCUUUCCACUUUGGAUUACUGCUAGUCAUAGUUACUUCAUUGGCUGUGGCUCACCUAUUGAUUGAAGUCAGAAAGGACAUCCAGUCGUCAGAUACAAGGGGGGCGUAUUCAUCAAUCGAACAACCCUUCCACGACGAUACGCCAAAUCAUCACCUUCCUUCUGUGCGGCUUCGUUCAAAAUCCAAACCGAAUGGUAUAUUCAUCCAUCCCCAACAUUCAAAUCUUGCGCGAGCCGACGCUGCUGCUCUUCAAUUAGGGCUGGGUGGUCCAACAGAGCGAGUCAGUGGCAGCGUUUAUCAACUGAAGGAAGAAGCUUCAUGGAAAACUGGGACAGGAAAAGAUGUUGCGAGAGCAUUACUCGGCGGAUCUCAUCAACAGUUAAACACAAACCGAUACUCCUUCGAUGUCGGGUCGGAUUCGGAUUGUUCUGAUUCUGAAAUGUAAAGUACCGAGGAUAUGCAGAUUAUUAUCAUGAGCACGAUU